AUGUCUGGUGCAUUUGGUGCAGAAGGGGGAUUUCCCCAACUAAGAGCAUCAAGAAAGAGAGAUCCUGGCCUUCUAGCCUGGCUUUCAUUCGACGUGUUUGCUCGAGUUGAAUGGGGGAGUCAGGUUCAUUGGGGGAAUCAGAUGGCGGAUUGA